AAAUAGCAUGGUUUCGCCGGUUUCGCUAGCUGCGAUCCUCACGGUGUCACACAGUCGCCGUGGUGGGCUGGUAGACACCUAUUUUGCUGCAGGCUGCUCCAGGGUCGCCCUCCGGCUUGACAGUGCACGGAAAUUGGUGCAGCCAGGAGUUUGUACAAUUUGCCGGACCACCAGGAUCGCGUCAUCCGCCAUCCGCCAUCUUGAUUUUAGUACCGCCACCAAACAUCAGGGGAUUGAAUUGGCGCUGCGGACGCCCAUUUCGUCCGACAACGCCUGUUCCAGGAGAUCCGCCGAUCCGCUGUCCCUGUUUUGAUGGUGUCACGCAUCGGUGGCGGCCGCGGGGCUCGAUGACGGCUUUCGGACGGGCGAUGACGGCAGCGGCCAGCGACCACACGCCUCAUUAGCAUCGUCCGUAGUUCGACGUUCGGUAGCGGUAGUUCGCGUUCGUGCCGUCAACAGGCUCAACCAGAGCACUGGAAGGUGGCAGACAGCCACCAUGACGAGCGCGUGGAAGGAAGCCCUGCGGUCGCGCAUCUACUGCGCCGCCCGCGACGGGCUGGCCCUGACCCUGUACGCCCUGCUCAACAACGCACCCAAGGCGGACUUCCCGGAGUACCUGAACGCCCUGGUCUCGGACCGCGAGCAGCGCUGCAGCCCGCUGCUCAUCGCUGCCCGUAACGGCCACAUCAAGGUAGUCCGCAUGCUGCUGAACCUGGCCGAGGCGCCCGUGCAGCUCGAACAGGAGGGCACUGUCCAGUUCGACGGCUACGUUAUCGAGGGCGCCACCCCGCUGUGGUGCGCGGCCGGGGCCGGCUAUUUGGACAUCGUACAGCUGCUCGUGCUGCGCGGCGCAGACGUAAACCACCCGACGCGCACACUGUCCACGCCGCUCCGUGCGGCCUGCUUCGACGGCCGCUUGGACAUUGUCCGCUUCCUGGUCGAGCACGGCGCCGACGUGCACCUGAGCAACAAGUACAACAACACGUGCCUGAUGAUCGCCGCUUACAAGGGCCACUUGGACGUGGUGCGGUUCUUGGUGGACUGCGGCGCCGACCCGAACGUCCAGGCCCACUGCGGCGCCACGGCGCUCCAGUUCGCCGCCGAACACGGGCAUCUAGGCAUCGUGCGAGAACUGCUGGCCGCCGACGCUCGCGUGCUGGCCAACGGGAUUGGCAUGACGCCGCUGCUGGCGGCCGCCGAGCGGACGCGUGCCGACGUGGUCCGAUUCCUGGUGGAGCAGCCCUGGUGCGGCCGCCAGGACAAGGUCGACGCGCUCGAGCUGCUGGGCGCCUCGUACGCCAACGACAAGGACCACUACAGCCUGGAGCGGGCGUACCACUUCCUCGAGCUGGCCAUGAUCGAGCGCAGCCGGGAGCCCCCGCUGCCCAAGAAGCCCGGACCGGCGCUGGCGGCAUACGACUCCCGCGUCGAGUGCACCUCGCUCCAAGACCUCCGCGCGAUCAGAGACGACGCGCACGCGCUGCACAUGGAGUCGCUGGUGAUCCGCGAGCGCAUCUUGGGGCCCCACAACCCGGAGCUGCCGCACCCUGUGGUGUACCGCGGGGCUGUGUUCGCGGACUCGGCGUCCUUCGACCGCUGCCUGCUGCUCUGGCUCCACGCGCUGCGGCUCCGAGCGGCGGCCAGGCUGCCACUGCGCAAGGACCUGCUGCGCUUCGCCCAGCUAUUCGGGCAGAUGCUGCACGUGGGAGUGGAGGUGCCGCCGGCGGCCAUGGCUCAGACGCUAUCGGCCUGCCUGCGGGAGCUGGAGGCCGGGCCGCAGGAGGACCAGGACGCGAACCUCCUCACCUGCCUCUACCUCCUGGUCGAACUGGGCAGGCUGCCUCCUGCAGAGGACGGACACGACCUGAUGCGGCUCGUCUACCGCCUAGUCCGGCUUAACAGGGUGACGCGGGACGGCUCGACGCUGCUGCACCUCUGCGUGAGCGCUGACACGCCUGUGGACGACUACCACACCAAGAACGUGUGCCGCUUCCCGUGCGCCUCCACGGCCCGGCUGCUGCUCCGCUGCGGGGCAGACCCCAACGCGGUGGAUGGGCGGCGCAACACGCCGCUGCACGUCAUCGUGGCCUACAUGCGGCCCGUGAGCGACUUCCUCACCCUGCACGCCAUCAUUGUGGCCCUGCUUGAGGCCGGGGCGCACCCGGACGCCACCAACGGCCGGGGGGAGACCGCCGCCCAGGCCUCGCCCACGGGGGUCGCAGAGCUGGUCCUCCGCACCCAGAUGGGCAUCAGCCUCAGGUGUCUGGCUGCACGGGCAGUGGCCUGCUACGGCCUCCCCUUCCGAUCAGGAGAGAUCCCCCAGUCUCUGGUACCCUUUGUGGAGAUGCACGGAGGGAGAGGACGGCCCCAGCCUAGGCCAGGGGCACUCUGAGCUCCGGGCAUCCAUCCGUCCACACCCGCUGCGGAAGACCUGCAUGGUGCGUCGUAUGUGUCCAAACCCAAGAUCUACCGGACAACUGCACAAGCACUGCUGUGGAUUUGACGAGUCAUUUGGCACUGCUGUGGGCUUGACGAGUGAUCUGUCACUAUUUGACACUGUCCGACACUGAUGUGACCGUAGUGCCGACUGUCUACGGAGACAACUACUCCAGGGGCUGCUUCUACCUCCGGUGUCGUGACCCGUUAUGCAUUGUUGCCUGCUGUGCAAGGGGAAAGUGGAUCUUAGCAUGUUUGGGUGUGUGUGCUCCUUCCAGGUUUGCUCUUGGCCAACUUUUGAAGGGAUGCCUUUAGUUGUCUGCAACCUGCAACCCAGCUCGUUCUUGCGAGUUCGUUAAGAUGUUUGCUGGUGCUUAUUGCAAACCCGGUGACUUGUGUUCGGUGUUUUCGGGUCAGAAUGUAGUUUUAUUUGUGCGAGGUGUAUAUGUGAGCGCAGAUCAAUAAUCUUUGCUGCGAACACCAGCGGUGCCCCUAGAGGUUCUGGUCCCUCGGCCGACUUUGGCUAGACUUCGGCUUGUGCGCAUGUUAGUUUCUGCUCCACCAAGGGCAUCUGACGGAUGUAUUACAGGACGAGCCACAGGAAGUUGAGAUCUGAAUGCUGUAGAUCUGAUUGAAAGACAUUUUUGCGCCACCUAAUUAUUGUUAUAUUUAUGCUCGCAUUGGGUAAAAAGUAACUACCUAGGAAGGUUCCAAUGGGUGUUGUAACUUUGGGCAAACAAGGGAAGCCAGCUGAACGACCCAGACCUCCUCCAAUGCCAUCUGGUGGGCAAAAGAGACAGGUGCAUUCUGUCCUCUCGUCCUACUAGAGACCACGGUGCUUUAGGUGAAUUCAUUCCAACUUUGUGUUUAGUUUGCGUAGAAAACUUGGGCUCUACGAUUGGGCCUAGUCCAAACUCUCCCUCGAAUGCCCCAUAUUUCUUUUGGUCACAAAAUCUACACUAACCAUGGCACAUCCAAGUGUGCAUUUGGCAAGCUGCAGCAUUUUGGAUUAUUUUGUGAUACGAUAUUGCAGCCAAUGUAAACCGGCAUUUGCAAUAUAUUCACGAUUUUAGCUUUUUUUUUUUUUCCUGUGUGUCAGCUGGAUUUAACGUAGUGCCUGGAAUCCAUUUGGAGCUAGUAUUUAGCAUCUUGUAAUAGCAAUGCACUCUAGCACCCCAAAGCGGCAACUAAUUAUUUUGCAGGGCGGUCGCUCAAAGAGUUAGCGGCAGGAACAAGCUAACGCUAGAGUUUCCAUCGACUGCCGAGCCGCAGACCGAUCUGCGGCAGAACGGGCAUCUGCAUGCACACUUCCGCUGCCGCAUAACCGCCAGAGUCGCAGCAAUCCGCAGCAGUACACGAUUACGACGUCAAUGGACAAGAAUAGACGAGCCGCAUUGCGACUCGAGGACGGGUUUCGGACUAGUCGCUCCAGCGGGCUGCUGGGGUGGAACUUUCUUUUGAAUUUCGGGUGGGCAGGAUCCACCUUCUCCACGCGCAUCUAUUUUUGUACGUAAUACGUUUAGGGGUGGCGGGCAGCCACCCACUGGUUGAGUAAAACUGUUCUCUUACCCCUGCUGUGAUAAAGGAGGAUGCAUCUCGCCGGGGCGGUCUGCACUAUAGUCGCCGACAAGGUGAGGACGGCAGGGAGAAGGUUCGGUUGGCCCGCCUCCAGCGCAAGCUUCCUACCUUCGGCGACGCUUCGACGAUGUUUGCAGGACGCACCCCACUGUCACUUUUUCGGCAACUACAAGCUGGGGAGUGCUUCCGACCUCCGCCGGUAGCCUGCGUGUAUCCAAGGAAAACGGCCCUGCGUGCCGUGCCCACACCUUGUGGGACAAAUGUAGUGAGCUAAUAUAUUGGACAGAGUGUUUCUAUUUUGUUGUUGCUAGCAUGGCACAUUGUGAAUGUGCCACACUGCACCGCCGUUACUGAGAGUCUGCUUUUGGCAUGGGUAUUUCUCCGUGCAGUCGCCUGUCGUCGCCGGAAAUGUUGCUCCGGUCGACCGUCGUCGCUUGGAUUGGCCGGAACUUCGGCCGUAUUUUGCGUGCACCUGUGGUAGAUUUCGAUUAAAGAGACUGUGAAAAGA